GUCCAUCCUAUCACAAACACAUUACGUAUAAGAUUUCAAAAAAUAAAGAAUUAAUCAUAUAUGUAUGUAUAGUAUAACAAGAUUGUGUAGACAAGAUUUAUCAAUCAUCGUUUCUGACAUAAUCCCCUGUUAUUCAGUAAUUUAUGAUUUUUAAUCAAUAAAGCAACAACCAAAUACAUAAUUUAUGCGGUUAUUAAAGUUUUAAGGAUUCGAGAUUUAUUUUGCAUGUUUAUAUAUAAUAGAUAAUAAACACAAAUAAAUGAAUAAAUAUUUAAAAAUUUUAUUAUUAUAUAAAUAUUAUAAUCUUUUAAUGAUUUAUUUUAUUAAACAAGUGAACGAAAACACAACAGAAUUUGCAUGCAUGCGCAACAUUGCGAUAUCUAUAAUUCUGUACAUCAUUAUGAAUUCAACUUUGCCGUAGAAAAAUCAAAUUAAUGCAUUCUAAAUUAUCGAUGUGAAUAGUUCACCUCGUACAUAAAUACGCGCACAUUAUGAUUAAAAUUAAAAGAAUUACAGAUAUAGAACGGUUCGCCGAGACGGUUCCCAAGCCAAAGGGAGCCGUGCCUAGCUUUGGUCUACCAGGAUGGAAGAUGAUGCCUCUGGAGCAUAAGAUACCUAUGAUAGCUGGACCCAAAGGUGCUUACAGCUUCACACGACAAAAAAUAGGAAAGAAAUUAUGGGGACCGAAAUUAGAGUUUGAUCUGAAUGAUCCUUACUGUCACGAGACCAAAUUCUUUUACGAACCCCUGCACGACGAGCAUCUGCGCGAGUUCUUCUCCAGACCGAUUAAUCUAGACCGUCUACUGAAAGCUGACCUAAUCACGGACGACAUGGACGUGAAAUGUUCGCUGCGCGAUUACAAUGCGUACAGAAAAUACUUGAGGCAGGUGCACGCUGAUCGUAUCAAGAGAGAACUGAGAAAAAAAAACCGUCUCUUCGUCGAGAAGAGAGCUUUAAGUUUCGCUGAGGACCAAGCACGUAAGGAAGUGGAAAGAUUGAAAGAAAAAGAGAAGUGGGCAAGCGAGAGAGAGUAUCUCACGCAGCAACGGCUGCUACAGGAGGAACUGAAAAUCCGGAAGCUGAAGGAACAAGCGUACAAGACUACGCGAAGGUUGAAAUUAUUAAGACUCAUUAGGCAAGAGGAACGACGGCUCAUAAACAUUAAGCGUAACAAGCGGAUCGAGGAGAUUCGGCAGAAAUGUAAAAUUGCAACGGAGAUCGCCCGACGUAAAGUGAUUGAUACGUUGGUAGACUGGAAGAAAAAGGACAAGGCACGAAAGAAAGGCAAAGAGAAGAGACUAAUGAAUAUUCAACAACAAAAGGAGAAAGAUAUGGAAGAAAGGCAUGUAUAUUGUUCUAUAUAUUUAAGAUAGAAAAUGAAGAUUGUCACGCA